AUGUCUGACGCUAUCACUAUCCGCACCAGAAAGGUCAUCUCCAACCCAUUGCUGGCUAGAAAGCAGUUCGUCGUCGACGUCUUGCACCCAAACAGAGCCAACGUCUCCAAGGAUGAGUUGCGUGAAAGAAUCGCCGACGCCUACAAGACCGAAAAGGACGCUGUCUCUGUCUUUGGCUUCAGAACCCAAUUCGGUGGUGGUAAGUCCAUUGGUUUCGGUCUAAUCUACAACUCUGUUGCCGACGCCAAGAGAUUCGAACCAACCUACAGAUUGGUGAGAUACGGUUUGGCCACUAAGGUCGAAAAGGCCUCCAGACAACAGAGAAAGCAGAAGAAGAACAGAGACAAGAAGGUCUUUGGUACCGGUAAGAGCUUGGCCAAGAAGGUUGCUCGUCGUAACGCCGAUUAA